CAAGCAACAGUCGCAGCAGCAGGUGCCACAUCAGCGACUGACGCAGCGGCAGGCCAAGCCACAAGCAACAGUCUUUGCUGCAGCAACAGUUGCAACUGCAGCUGCAUCUGUUACAACAUCUUUUGCAGCAACAGUUGUUGAAGCACUUGCAACAACAGUUGCAGCUGUGCAGUUGUGGCAAUGGCAGGGCCAUCUGCACCUGCAAGCGGGUUGUCGGGGGGUGCAAUGGGAAGCGGGACAGAGGACUUCUGCGUGGACCCGAAACUCGUAUGGAAGCCGAGAGACCACUGCGUGUGGAAUUGGUUGGUGCACGGGAGGUCAAGGGGGGCGAAAAGUCAUGGCGGGAGGGAGAUGCAGUGCCUCUUGUGUGGAGUUGUGUUCCCUGGCAACCGCACACGCGAGAUUGGACACUUCACGAAGAAGAGGCAAGGAUCACGGUGCCCGAAUGUAACCGUGGGGAUCUACAAGAGGCUGCGUGCUGCGAAUGUGGAGUUGUCACCUGACGUCGCUGAGAUGUUGCAGCGGGAGGAUGAGGCUGCAAUACAAAUAGUUCAAGAUCCCCCUCUUCCUGCCAUUUGUGGCGGUGAUGAUGUGGGAGGUGGAGCAAAUGUGGAACAGGGUGGAGAGGCAGCGACAAUCGCGGGCGCAACUGCAACGGAGGUCACAAGCAGACCGACACCUGCGAGGACACUAAGGCAGACGCCCAUGGGUCGAUAUGUCCGCAAUCCGCGCCAGCGGGAGAUAGAUUUGGCUGCCAUGGACCUCUUCGCACAAAAUGUCAUACCGUUCAAUAUGGCGAAGAGCAGUAGUUGGAAGAAGUUUUGCGAAGCCUGCUUCGGGCCUCAGUCUGCAACUCGUUGUCCGUUGAAGCACGUCUCAUAUGACGCAUUGCGGGAAGAACUCCUGGACUCUAGGAAGGAGACGUACUUGAAGCGAGAGGCUAAACUACGGGUUGACUGGGAGAAGACGGGAUGUACACUCAUCACAUACGGCACCACAGACAUAUGUGGUCGCUUUAUGCUGAACUACAUCCUCGCGGGGAGAGACAGACCAGUUUUCAUCAAGUGUGAUCAUGUGAAAAGAAAAGACAAGAACUAUGCCGCAAUGCUUGAGUCGUGGAAGAGCUUCCUGAGGGAGAACAAACAUGUAACUGCCAUUUGCACUGACUCCUUCUCAUCCAACAAGGCAGUUGCUGAGGCGUUGGCCAAGGAUCCAGAAUUUUCUCAUAUCUACUGGAUCCCAUACACUGCAUACUGCAUGGACUUGUUCCUCCAUGACCUGGGGAACAUGAGAUGGGCAAAAAAUAUUGUUGAGGAUGCGAACGAAGUCGUCAAGUUCUUCAGGAUUCACAGUGUGUCGCGGAAGAUGCUUUAUGGGAAUGACAAGACUUGCCCGUACGCCAUUCGGGACAAGGCGUGUUUUGUCGAGAGGCUGGUGCAGUCCACGCAUUUCUGGAAUGAUAUUCGGAUGGUGUUCGAUUUGAUGGAGGGGGCGUACUCGAUAUUGCGGAUGGUUGAUCGUGAUGUGCACUGCAUCUCACGUGUUUACGACGCAGCAGUGGCGUUGAAGAAUUGUGUGCUUGCAGCUCCGUUGACGGAGGGACAGCGUGCUGAAGUGUUGGAGGUCGUGUCAAACAGGACGGACCAGCUCCUUAGUCCUGUGCACGCAGUUUCCAGACUGCUUGACCCCAUGUUGCGCGACAGAGGAGUAUUCAGCGAUCCAACGUUGAUGACCCAAUUUCGGGGUGUUGUUGAGCAUCUUGUGGGUGGUCGGGGGACACCGCAAUACCAGGAGUGUAUUGACUCCUUGUAUGCAUUCCAAAGGGAGCAAGGAAUCUUCGGAGAUCCAGAGGUGCAGCGUCAUGGGAGGAUGGACAGUGCAUUGGAUUGGUGGGAGGAUCACGGGAGGGGACACCCAACUCUGCAACGAUUGGCACUACGGAUUCUCAGCAUGUGGACAACCUCCUCCUCGGUUGAGAGGAAUUGGAGCACAUGGGCCCUCGUGCACACCAAUGAUCGCAACAAGCUGGAGCACGAGAGAGUGGAAAAAUUGGUGUUACCUCCAUUGGAACCUCCGAUAUGAAGGAAGGGUGCAGGGCACGACGACGAAUAACAGUGGCUGGUUGGGCUUAACGAAUAUUGAGACG